GCUGCCAAAGCCGCGCGGGUAAAGAACGGAUAACCAAUGAAAUGGCUCCUCUAGCGCUGAGGAGCGCAGACUCGUCUGUAGGAGGGGAAGGGACACCAAACACAGACCCACAGGCUGUGUGAGCAAUGCAGACACGCGUGGAAGAGAUGCAGACGUAGCGUGCAAAGAGGAUGGACUCUGCAGGAGAAGAAGCGUCCCUGAAUUCACCUGAGCUGCCCUGGAACCAGCUCUAUUUGAAGACAAGGACUGAGUCCAGGAUCCAGUUAAGGAGGAGAGUGUGCUUCACUGGCCCUGCUGCUGCUGCUGCUGUUACCGGGGUAUUGGCUGUCCUCAUACUGGCUGCUGGCAGUGUGAGCAGCGACAGUGAGUUUGUGAAAGUCUUGCGCUCAGUGAAGUGUACUGCGGGGCAGGACUGUAUCCUGAGCUGCUCUUUUGACAACACAGAUGGAGGCUGGGAUGACAAGUCAGUUGUGAACUGGAGAAGAGCAGAAACAGACCACAUUGUUCACAGUUACCAUGACAACACAGACCAGCUUGCCUAUCAGCUAACUCAGUAUGUGAGCAGGACCAGCCUGUUUGAUUCUGAGCUGCAGCGCGGGAACACUUCACUGCUGCUGAGGAGAGUCAGGGAGGAAGAUGCUGGAGAAUACGAGUGCUCUGUUUUCACUCUUAGACUGUAUGGGUCGGGCCUGACUGAGGUAGUCCUGGUUCCGGCUCAACCCACAACAGCACCAGAUCAUGUGAGAGUCCUGAGCUCAGUGAAGUGUACUGAGGGGCAGGACUGUAUCCUGAGCUGCUCUUUCAACGACACAGGGGGAGGCUGGGAUGAGAAGUUAGCUGUGAUCUGGAGAAGAGCAGAAACGGACCUCAUCGUUCACAGUAAUAAGGACACGGACCAGCUUGCCCAUCAGCUCCCUCAGUAUGUGAACAGGACCAGCCUGUUUGAUUAUGAGCUUCAGUGUGGGAAUGCUUCACUGCUGCUGAGGAGAGUCAGGGAGGAAGAUGCUGGAGAAUACAGGUGCUUCAUUUCCACUCCUAGACUGUCCGGGUCGGGCCUAACUGAGGUAGUCGUGGUUCCGGCUCAACGACACACCUGGUUGGGUUUAGGAGCAGUUCUUGCUCUUUGUGUGAUUGCAGGGCUCUGUGUCGGUCUGUGGCUGUAUAAAAAACAUGUAGGUUGCUGCAGGAAAUCCAACUUGGCUUCUAGUCCAGCACAGGCAGUGCCGUUAUCAGACGUGAUCGAGGAGCCCAGUGAAGUCGGGCCGCUCCCCUGCACUGCUCAAUUUAUCCAGUUUAAUACAAACUCCCAAAACGAAAUAGUCACUUUGAAUUAGGAAACGUGAUCAGUGUUGAAGAGAAAUUUUAAACAUCACAUUGUUUCCGAGACAAUUGAACUACAAUCUGUACUCUCGUUGUCUUUGCACGAUAUCAGAACAAUCCAGCAAAGAGAUACAGUAGUUUAUUCAACAUGACAUUAACCUCUUCUCAUUAACCAGAGC